CGUGUUUGGGUAUUUGGGAUUAACAUGUAGCAUUACUAUUUGUGAAUUGUAUGUGAUUUCCCCUUAUGAAUCUAUGAAAGAAAAUGAAUGAGUUUAGCCUUACUAUGUAGGCCUAUUAGUCCACCCUUUAAAAAUAUUGACAUUUUAUGUACGGAAUUUAAACACAUUUCACAGGCUCAUAAUUCACCAAAAUAAAAGUAAUACCCAAUUUUACUAAUACAUUUAGUUAAAUUAAGAAUUAAAAUUGGAUCUGGUGAGGUAAACUUAGUGAAAUUUCUCUUGUUUUAGUGCAGUGUAAGUAUUGGGUUAAGCUAAGAACUUUCAUUGUUUUAAAUGGUAGGUUUAAAUAUACUUUGUGACUACGUUAGGGAAACAUGUUUAUGGUAUAGCUAGAUUUAGUGUAAGCUUAAAUUUAGGAAUCAGUUAUAGUUAAGUUAAAUUAUUAAAGUAUUACUUGCUGUUUUUUUUUAAAUUUAUUUAAUGUUAUUUGUUUACUGUAGUUUAAACUUUAUUAAACUAGGCCUUUUGACAGUUAUUUAAGUGAUACAAUUUCACAUAAGAGUCCGUGAAAUUACGCAAUGUAAAAUACUUUUAAUAAUAAAAUCAUUCGUCAAUCAUUUUAUAUGUUUUAAAUAUAUUUUAUUUUGAAAGUCUGUAAGGUAUGCUUUUUUUAAACAUGUUUUAAAGGUUCUUUAAAACUUUAGUGAACGUAUAUAGUUAAUUUUACGGUUGGAUUAUUUUUGUAACAGAUAGUUAAUGUCAAUUCAGUUUUACGGGUAAAGUAUUUAAGUUAUGUAUGUAGGUGAAAGAAUAUUUGUUAGUGUUAAUGUAGUAAUGUUCGUCUUUAGUGGUAUAUUUUGCAUUGGGUAAUGCAUUGCAUUUAUAUUAGUUUUUCUAUUAAUUUUGUGUAGAGGAAUUUUAGUUUAUAGAGGUAUGAUGAGUAAUGUUUAGAUAUAAUUCAAUGAAAUAAGCAACAACAACAAGAAAUAGUAAAGUAAUAAACACAUAGUUCAACACUUUAAGCGCAAUCAAUUUAAUAAUGUCAUAAUUUGUAGCUAUUAUUUUUUCAGUAUUCAUUAAUUUUUUUUAAAAAAAAAUUAAAAUUUGAAAGUCUACCUUCGCUAUGUAGGAAAAGUAAAUAUUGUUUCUUUUAUCAUUUUUUUUUUACGUUUGACAAUUCUGUGAAAACUUUGAUGUUUAAGGAGUUGAGCACCCCCAACUCUCCCCUAAUCCAACGUCAUAGAAUUUAAGCGAAAAAAAAAUACCAAAGGUCACCACAUUCGGUGAUGAUCUGUCCUAUUUCUUGUGUUUAGGAUUGAUAAUAAAUUGUUCUAUCAUACCUAAUUUUCUUUUUUUAAAUUUCAAUUUAAAUGGUGUUAUUUUAGUCAGCUCUCAUUUUUUUCUUUAGUUAAUAGGUGAUUUUAUUGUGGGGUAUAAAUACAUUACAUAUUUAUCCGAGAUUCUAACUCAACGCAAAAUUAAAGAAUGUAGUAGCUGAAAUAUUAAUAUGUUUUGUUUAUCAUUGUCGUUUGCAUGCACGGCGUGUCAUUUAUAAUGGCAACUAUGGUUGUUGACCACCUUUCUUUAUUAUAUGAGCCAGAGAUGUAAUUCAUUAUUCGAACGAAUCGCCUCUGUAUCGAUUCAAUCAUUAUAAUCUAACAUAUGAAUCAAAACAGGCGCGAUAUUCUGAUUGCAUCAAUACAAAUGAGUUUUCCAAAGAAGUGAAGCUAACAGACAACAUGAAAGUCCAUUCGAUAGACAUUUAUGGUUUUUUUUGGUCCUUAUAGUGUAUGUAGUAAAAUACACAAAGGAUAAUUUUUGUAAGAGCCAUUUUAAAUAGCAAGCCAAUAUAUUAUGUAAUGACGUUAAAGUUUCGUGUUAAGAACGUGAAUAUAUAUUGUCAUUGCGUGUUGUUUGGAAAUUAUGUGGGUAGAUGUUGCUAUUAAAUGUUUGUUAUUUUGUGACGAAUCGUGCAAAAAGGGAAAUUACGCAUUGUUAUUGUGUAGUUUGUCUCCUGACGUAAUGGAAGUUGACGAUUUAGUUUGUUAAUAAAGAUAAUAAAAUAUGGUUUGUUUAGUUUCUAAAACCCCUAGACAACGAGGCUAACGAACCUAGGUAAUAAUUGGUUCGUAACAUGUUGCUAAAAGAUCUUUGGAAACCACUUCAGAAAAGAGCUUAAAAAUACCAUUUCAAUGUUUACUUCCAUGAAGGCAUCCAUUUGCCGACCGCAAUCCACUAGAUAUGUAAAAACAACUGAAAACCAAAUAAAAAUUUGCAUUUACUUAGUUAUUUUGUUAAUAAUGCAAAAAAAUCUUAGAAUAUAUAUCUGUAUAAAUAAUUUGAUAUAAAGUUUUAAAACAACUAUGUUAGUAUGUAAUUUUUGUUGGCCUAGUAAUGGGUUCAUAAUUGUUUUGAAAUUUUAUGCUUUUUUAAUAUAUAAUUUAAAUAGCAAUUAAAUGAACAUUUAAAAUAUUAAAUAUUGAAGCAGCAAACUAUACAAUUAAUUAUUGAUAUGUCUAAAAUGCAUAGUUAUUUGUUUUAAUUUCUUCUCGACAUGAAAACAGGGAUCACAAAAUGUUCCAUUUACUCUUCAAUAUAGUUGCUAUAUUGCUUUUGUUUGGUAAGUCUAAGGAUAAAAACUUAAAAUAAUACAAUAUUGUAAAUGAAUUAUAUGUUAUACAAUAUUAUAAUGUGUACAAUUUAAAGGCUGAAUCAAAAGAAGUACUACACAAUUUCAUUGUAUUUUUUAAGGCUAUAGAUUUAAUUGUAGAUGCAUGACUAAAGACGUAUUGAAAACCAGUGGCAUAUUAAAAAAAAAUAAUGUGUACAUAUACAUAUAUUUUACUUGUAAAAUAUAUUUAUACAGUCAUUUUUUUAGAUUUAAUAUACAAAAUAAAUAAAUAUUUAAAAAAAAAUUCCUACUCUCAUUUCUGUUGGCACAUUAAACUAUUACAAGCAGUUUUAAGCAUCAGUGAAUAAAUCUUUGUCCCCGGGAUUGCAUGACCACCUUCUUUGAAAUUAUUAUUUUUGUUUCACUUUUUACACAAAAAAAUCUUUUUUUUUAAAUUGACAUAUUUCUCCAUUUUGUUUAUAGUAAGUGUGAAAAAAUAUAUUUGAGAACACAUUAUAUGUUUUUUUAAAAGCAUUUACACAUGGCCAAACUAUAACAUUACAUCAAGUCAAGCAAGAGAACAUUGGAUCAGCAUGUGUGCAUGGUAUUAUCAGUGGGGAUUUAGUUGUCUUCAAAGCUGUGGUUGAUUACUCUAAAGACCCACAAAUGAGUUAUGUUCAUAUUUACAUAAAGAAAACAACGGAUACCUUACCUACUGUAAGUCCUCUUACAUAAGCAUCAUAAGCGUUAAAACCUAUACUCAGGUUCUUAUCCUCAUCUUGUCAUGUAACUCAAUAUCUCUUCCUCCCUUCUCAUUUCUGGCAACCUAACAAGUUUCCCUUAAAACCUCGUCUGAUGUCAUAAGUGCAUUUGCUAAUUUCAAGACUUUAAUUUGUAAUAAAUUCCCCUCCCUAAAUUUGUUAAUGUCGCAGAGCCCUGAAAUGUAUACUAUUUCUACAAUUUGUUCGAAAACAGUAUGUGGACAAUAUUCAGGGGAAAAACAACUGUUCCAGUUAUGGGACGUUCGACCUAAGCUGUCUUUACAACAAAAAUAUUAACAUUAAGAAAAAAAAUAUAUUGUGAAUGCAAAAGACACACACAAAGAACUUGAAUUAAUUUCUUUUUUAAAAUCCUAUAAAGCAUUAUGUGUUGUUAACAAAUCAAAAGUAUGCACUUUAAAAACGUUAAAAGUUUGGGGAAAAUGAAUGGACUAUAACCCAUCCAUCCCAUAAUAACUGUGGGUUUUUUUUCUCUUUGGAUAAACCGUAUACGAACAUCAUUUCAAUGUGUUCUCUAUGACACGAGUCAUGUGGUCUACUAAAUUUCAAACUAUCUGAAGUUAUUUAAAGCAAACUAAAUUGUACCUAGCGAUAAAUUCCAAUCAGUGUAUCCCAAAGAGAAUCAGUUCACAAAUACCAGACCCACACACAUUUUAAAAUUAUUGGCUGAUACAUAUUAUUAUAUCAAUGUAUAAAAUUAAUAAAUUCAACAAUUUAAUUUUAAUAAUAUAAUAGAGUAUGCUAUACAUACACUUUGAAGUCAACCCUUCCUGAUUUAUACAUAUACAUCUUCAGAUAUAUAAUUUUAACCCAAGUAGCAUUAAUUUAUUAUUUCAUUAUUUUUUACUUACUUGGGCAAGUUAUUUAUCUUUUAACGUGUGUGUCCCUCCGUAUCUGAUCCGUCCGAAAUUUGCAGAGAUAAUUUCAAACUUUCCAACCCAAAUUAUUAAAUUGUAUACAAAUGUUUUACUUACAUCCGGAAAAAUUUAUAAACUGUGAGUAGAGUCAUUAUGUAUCUACAAGUAACUUUUCAUUGCUUCUUGUCACCAUCCGAUUGCCUAUUGUAGAUUUGAUGUGUCGUUUCGUGUUAUUAUCUGAGUUAUUAUAGUUUUCCUUUAUGUAAAGGUUUCAACAUAUAGAUAUAAUUUAAAAUAACAUAUUAUAUUAACUAAUUUUCAUAAAAUAAAAUAUCAUAUAAUUUCAGACCACAGAGUAUAAUUUACAAACAGACUGUGACUAUGGCAUGUCUGAUUGCAGACGUAUAGAGUCACAUAGUGCUGAAAUUACUAUAGAAGUUGUAGCUACAAAAAUAUACAGUGGUGCAAGAAUAUAUGGAAAACUUGUUACUUCAAACGAAGAGGAAAUUGAUAGUAAACACAUUCAUUUUCCUGAAAUCUAUGGUAAAACUCAUCUGUUAUCUUUUAUUUACAAUAUAUAUAUAUAUAUAUAUAUAUAUAUAUAUAUAUAUGUAUGUAUACAUAUAAAAUAAUUUUAUAUAUAUAUAUAUGUAUAUAUUAAUAGAAAAAAUUUAAUAUGCACGCAUAAUUAUUUUUUUAAAAUGGCAAAUACAAUUAUUUAUGAAUGAACAUAUGUAUAUAUAUUUUUAAAUAUUGCCUAUUCAUUGCAUGUUAUAUUGAAGAAUGGAGGUCUUCUACCUAACUGGAUGAAAGUCACUUGACAGGAGGAGUGAUUUUUUGAUGGCACAUGAAAGAACAAAAAUAAUGCAAAUGUAUUAUAUAAAUAUUGUAAACCAGUUAGACUGAAGGGUUAUUAGCGAGUGUCGAACCGUUGAAUCUGUUGUGUUGUAAAUUAUCCACUCAUGGCAAUGAGUGUCUACUUAUCUGGCCAAGUCUCUCACUUGAUCCUACGAAAAGUAUAACCAAUAGCAACAGUUUCUAAUUCAACAAACACUUUACGGUUUGUUGCAAUAUGCGAAUUUAUUCAAGAACAAUUCCUUAACUAGGGUUGUGAUUUAAAUACAGAUUACUAAUCCAAUCGGUUCAGCCUAACACACAGCAACACAAGUCCAACAGUCAAAAUAUUAUAUUCGCCAUCAAUCUUCCAUCACAACAUCGACAAGACUAACGCGCCACAUCAACUUUGCACAAUUACGUCACAACACUCUCACCCCCACGAUACAGCUCUAAUUAAACAUCUUUUCCCUAUCAAACAUGAAAUCAUUCAUCUACACAUAACAACAGUGAUUCUCAUACCCUUGACAGCGAGUUGAUUAACUAAAACAUCCUACUUUGAUACCCUAAUGCUAAAAUUCUGCCGACCCAAGCUGUAGAGCAUCAUGUACAUAAAACUUAGUUUUUUAAUCAUUUCUUUUAUAAUGUAACUUAAAUAAGCUUACAGCCGGUUCCACAAAAUUACUCCCGAAUUUCACUCUAAUACUACUCUGAGACUCCAAAGCAAACUCUUUACUUUCUAAUCCCUUCUCCCCCACUACCUGCAACGAACUUCAAGUUACAAAACCAAAGUACCCGAAUUUUUUAUUAUUAUUAUUAUUUUUUUUUUUUUGACCAGAAGUAUACUUAGUGGACCUAACAAAUAAUGAGCAUUCUUUUAAUGACCCUACUUUUGAGAGUAUGAAUUCAUUAAUAAUUGUUGCAUACUGGAUAUUGUGUUUUAUAGCGCUUUGUGUCCUUUAAGAGAAUUAGCAGUUAAUGAAACCUUUCCCUCUAGCUACUUGGUGAGGUACAUUUAUUAUUAUUAUUUCAUAUUGUGUAGACUGUCUUUUGGCGUAGAUGCUUAUUCGUCAUCAUUCGUCGCAAGAACCUUUUAGUAGAUGGUCGUGUAUUAUUUCUCUUCCUUAAAGCGAGGUGCGCUAGACAUGUAUUUCAUGCAAUGUAAAAUGUGUAUAUAUUUAUUUGUAUAUAUUGAUGUAAUAUCUCCAAUGGAAAAGGAAAUGUGUUUAAUACGGUGUAAAUACGACGUAUGAACGUUGGAAGAGCCUGAUGAAGGACAUUAAUCAAAUAUCAGGAUUUUUACACUUAAAUAUAUGUAAAAGAUAGACAUUAAAUGUUUCGUUCAUCGUGGACCUCACGAAAAAAAAUAGUUAAAACAAGAAAACAUGAAUAUUGACGAAAAAUAAUUUAUCAUAACUGAAGACUGAAAAAUAAGGUUAAGAAUGUGAGUUUUGCUGCGUAACUCAAAUGUAAAACCGUCCCAACCAAUUUUGUCAGUGAAAAAUAAUUUGAAUUUAAACAAAUUGAAAAUGUGUUUCUAAUUCAUUAACAUUUUAGUUCAAGACAUACCUGAACAUAGCUUCAAUCAAAUAUUAACACCUAAAAUUCUUUAGAUGUUUCAGAUAUAAAGAGUACCCUGAUAGUAAAUGGAAAAGUACUAUCAACCAAGAAAGAUGUAUGGGUUAUCAGUGUCAGUGUAACCGAUAUUAACAUUGUGUGUAUCUGUGAAAGUCAAGCUUCUCCGUGUUUGAUUGAGAUCUCACCAAAUGAUACAACGGAAACAGUGCAAGGAAAGGGAAGCGCUAUUUACAAUACCAAGUUCAACAAGACACACGGUGUAUGUGUCAAUAUAAAAUAUGGUGCAUGCAGUUUAGAUAGAGCCUCAAUAACCACUGGUUGCAUUUUAAAAGCAGGUAAGAUGCAUGUUUUCAGCCAAAUAAAAUUAAAUACAAGGCGAUAUAAGCAAACAGUACACUUUAAGAAAAACAAUCGUUUAAUUUUUUUUUUAAUGUAGAGAUGUGAUAACAAAUCAUCUUAAUUUAUAUUAGUAUGUAAGUAAUUUUCUUUGCAUUUGACAAAGCAUGAACACUACUUGUUCUGAAUAACUUUGAUAUUUAGUAGUUCAUUACUUUUCCUAACGAAGAAUUUUAGUUUAUAAACCAUUUUUAAUUAAUCUAUUUAGUGACAAUUUAAUGUAUUUAAUAUUCAUAUGAAAAAAAAAUUGACAUUUAUUUAAUGUGUCAACUCAAUGGAACUUGAGUGAGUGCACCUGAAGCUUAGCGUAAAAGUGGGCAACCGGAAAUUGUGUUGAUGUAUUUUUGCCACAACACUUGAUAUAAAUAAAGAGCAAAAUUAAAUUUAUAAUAUUUGAUUUAACAUUUCAAGUAAAAGUGAAGCAACAUUUAUUCGACAAAUGCAUCUGUCCAGCCAAUAAUGCAUUAGCAAUCGGCCCUUUAAUUUUUAAAUACAAUGACAAAUAUGAAAAUUAUUAACUCGCAAGUGUAUUAUUUAAAAGAAAUAAUUUUGUGUUUUCCACAGAUCUAAUUUCGUCCACAGAACAAAGCCAAUUUUCUUAUCCUAUUCGCGAUUUUUUAGAAAUACAAGGAUGCCAUAAUGAAAUCUUGAUCAGUGUUGCGGGGACAAGCAUGUCUGUGAUAUUAAUUAUUGUUACCAUUUUCUGGUAAGCAUCUUACAUAAAUACAAGAUUUAAUCAACGAUUCCUAAGCGCCCUUUUUCAAACCAAUGAUAAAAAUUGAAAUUUUAUGUUAAACCCUUCUUCGUCAUGCAAUGUAUUAUAUUUUUUAAAAAUAUGAUACAAAACAGACGUUUCAACAAUAUGAUUGAAAUAUGUUAAAAAGAAAAUGUUUAAAAAAAAAGUAGGAAAUUGUAUUCAUAAAAUAUACUAAAACAUUAACGUAUGGAUUCUUAGGUGAUAUUCUUAUUACUUAAUUGAGGUAGCCCAAGUACAUAAAGCAUAUAAACAUGUAGAGACCCAAAACUCCCUUUAAUAAAUAAUACUUAAUCUGGAAAUGAAAGACGAGUAAUGGUAAAAAAACAAAACAACACAAUAUACAAUAUUUUUUUUAAUAUUUACUGUGUUCUCAAUUUUCAGUAUUAAUGCUUCAGUGAUAGUAAAGAAGAGCAAAUUAAUUGUAUUCAAAACUAGCUAAGGUACGGCAUGUGUUGCCUCACGCAUUACAAAUUUGCAAACAUGAUGCCAUAUUAUUAAUCCCUAGAAAAUAGAAAAGAAGUACACAUAUAGUCUUUAAUAAAAUAUAUUUGUAAAUAUAUCGAAUUUAGUGUAUAAAUCACUUUUCAGAGCAAAGUUACAAUCCCUUACCUUCAUUCUCCUUAACUGUUUUUUUUUUCUGUAAUGCAUCCUUUAAUAUUUGAUCGGAUCCUCAAUUAUGACAAUGCAAAGGCGAGCUGAUAACGCGAAAAACUGCCGUCUCGCAUUAUCCACCCAAAACAUAAACUAAAUUAAAUUAUAACAUCCAAACCUGUUUUAACAGGCAAUAUACGGCAGUUAUUUUAUUUUUUUUUUAUUUCAUCGCUUGUAUCUGAAAUUUUAUUGUAUACCUUUAUAUUUUUUUGUAGUAAAAUCGAUACCUACUUUUAAUAUGUAAUAUAACAUAGUAACUAGUUAUACUGAUUAUAAAAUAAUAAUAAACCCUCAACAAAGUAUCCUCGCCCUCAAGAUGCAAAACAAUCAAAUAAUGAAAAAUAAAAGAACAGUUCACAAAUUCAAUUAAAAUAACGAUUAACCAAUGUUAGCGUAAUGUCAAAGAAUAUAGCUUCAUCAGCUUUUUUCCUUCUUUAAAUAUUUUCUUAAAAUUUUGUUCAUCAAUUUUUUCAUUGAUAAAUUAAAUCAAUUUAACAAUUUUGCAGUGUAAAUAAUACAACUUAUUAAUGUUAACAAUAAAAGCUAAAAUUUUUGUUUAUCUUGUUUUUAGCAAAUAAAAAAAAAAGCAUUUAAAAAAAAUUUUCAAAAGAAAUUAUGACUUCACCACACCGUUCAAUUUGAGAAUAUUAUAUGCUGACGAUUUGCAUGAUUUAAAGUACGUUUUAUACGAUUAUUCGUAUUUUUUAUUUACGAGUUUGAUGCAAAAGGUAAUAAUGCUUGGAAAAAUUGUUGAUGUUUUAAAUACAUUUAGAUUUUAUAACAAUAAGAUUUGUACGACAAGAUAACUUUAAAAUUGAAAUUUCUAAAAUAUCAAUUCUGCUUUAAAAAAGGCUCUAAUGACAAAUAUACUGACUUUGUAUUCUGGACAGGUACACAAUAUUUUAUGUGCUUAUUAUGUGGCGAAAAAAAGUGGGUACUUGAUAAGAUAAACUUGCGAUUUUUUGGCAUUUCGAACGUUAUAUAGAUUCCUCCCAAAUAACCAAAUGGGAAAUAGUAAUAAUAUAAAAUAAUAUUAAAACAAAAAUGUAACUUAUAAUUAUAAUAAAAUGUCUUUCAUACAAAUACAGUCUCACUUUAAUUUUAUUGCCUAAAGAACUAUACUUUUCAUGCAAAAUUUUAUUGCCUUGAAAAAUAAUAGCAAUACACGUUCGCAGUAUUGUGAAAAUAUCUCUUUAUUAUCUUCAUCAGCAUAUCGGCUUUGUUCACGAUCGGUAUAAUCAUGAAAAACGGCUAUUACAAUUUCGAUGUCAAAAUUAUCUAAACAUAUUAAGUGAAAGAAUUGUUUUCGACACAAAAGGUUUAAAAUUAUAACAUUUUAGGCUUGGUAGUAUUGAUAUUAAAAAUACCCCUUUUGCAAUGUUCCAUGCCUUUCACGCACCUUUAUUAAUAUUCGUAUGUCUCACUUACCAUUCAUCUCGUUGAUUACAGUUAUUUUAUUUUAAAAUCGUGUAUUUUAGUAAUGUGUUUAAUUGUUGAUACAUUCAAAAAUAUACCAAAAUUCAAAACUAUAACAUAAUGGAAACUAGAGAUACUAAAAUUAUAUAUAAAUAUUUGCUAAUUCAUAUGAUGUCUUUCUUUGCACUUUUAUAGCUUUUUGAACCAUUUUUUUAAAUGCCAUCUACCUACUUUAAAAAAAAAAUAAAUGCAUAUUUUUAGAUUUUAAAAUAUGUAAAACUUAUUACGUAUUAACGAUACAAAGCUUAUAUUAUUGGUUUGUUGAAAUAUUAGUGAGCAAUUAAAAAAAAAAACGUGUUUUGUUUAUUUGAAAAAGAUUGGUGGGAAAAGAAAAUAGUGGAACUAGGAAUUUGGAUCAUAUUUCUUUUUGUCCUUUUAUUUCCCAUGUCUGAUGAAAAAGGAUCUUAGCCGAAACGUUCUCUUCAGUUGUCAUGUCCUUAUAUUACACGUUUCCACAUGCCUUGAACCACAAUUUUUUUUCACACAACUUGAACUCAGUUUUACAGUAAUUAUGCUUAAUUUACUGAUAUAUAUCAUGUUCAGUUUAAUUAUGUCUGGAAAUUCCAGAUUUUGCUAAUAUAUAAUAUGUGUUGUGGCGUGAUUGGCUUCAAAGCGAUUGUUCUAAAUAUUUACAAUUUAUAAUAGACCAUUAAUGCUAUUUUACAAAAGCUCUCAUUAUGUUAUUAUACAUUUAAGAGUAUUUAUUUUUGCACAACAAAUAUGAUCAUCAUAUAUUGUAGAAAUAUGAAUGCAAACAAAUUGUGAUCAAGAUAAAAGUGACAUUCUCUAUUUAAAAUAAAUAGGCUCACCUAUAAAUUAAAAAAAAAACAACUAAUGACUGUUUGACGGUCUAUAUAUAAUUUUUGAAGGUCUGGAAUGUAAAGUAAAUCAUUACUUUUUAUUUAUUUCUGUUCCAUUUAUUUUUGCAAAUAUCAAUCAUUCAUUCAUUUCUACAUUUUUACCAGCUUAUGUCGACGUCUAAAUCCCUACUUGUACAAAAAACUGGUAAGAAUAAAAUGUAUUUAUUUUUUUUUUAUUUGUUUAAAGUCUUUUAGUAUAAACAAAGCAUUUUUGUUAACAAAAAUUAAAGCUGAACAUUAAUUCUCUAGAGAACAGGUGCCAUUAGUAUUUAUUUUUUGGUAUGGAACAACUUAUUAACAAUUUAAUAUAUAUAUAUAUAUAUAUGUAUGAUUAUAAAUAUAUGUAUGUAUGUAAAUAUAUAUAUAUAUAUAUAUAUAUAUAUAUAUAUAAUAAUAUUACAAAAACAAAAAUUUAUUUUUUGGUAUAGAACAACUUAUUAACAAUUUAAUAUAUAUAUAUAUAUAUGUAUGAUUAUAAAUAUAUAUAUGUAUGUAAAUAUAUAUAUAUAUAUAUAUAUAUGUAUAUAUAUAAUAAUAUUACAAAAACAAAAGGUAAUUAAAUCGUGUUAAUAAAACUUAACAAUGUAUUUUUAAGUGAAAUUUAUAACAAGAAAAGAACAUAAAAAGAAAUAUACCCAUUAAAAUAAUAAUUAUUCUUAUGAUUUGGGUGCUGGGUGGCCGAGUGGUCUAAACUGAGCAAAUCUCAAGUUGGUGGUCUGGAGUUCAAUUCCAGCUAGAGCAAAAGCACCACCAGCACCCCGGGUAGAUGGGACUCGCUAACCUUGGACGGCAACUCAUCUAAGAGAAGGAAACUCUGAAAUCAAACACGGAGAUUGGGUUCCGAAAGGCGGAUAACAUUGAUACAUUCCGAAAACUCCUGCGACGUCACUUGUGCCAAGCUGUAACAUCCAAUGAUGUUCCCUUGGGUUACCCAGUGGCGUGGAGAGAGGCGAUUUGCUGUUGGGAACCAGCUUAUAAUCCUUCAAGUAUAAUAAUCCCAGGCUAUGUGGAUUUCGUCCUGCGAAGCCCACUCCAUCGUCACAUUGUGACGGACGGAUGCCAGCAAAAAAAAAAAAUUCUUAUGAUUUAGUGUGUCAUCACGUUUAAGUGUAUAUUGUAUUGACAUUCUUUUCCUUUUUUACCUACUACGAUUUUACAAACCGUUUUUUUUUUUUCUGAGAUAGUUUGUCACAAUUGUCUUUCAUAAAAACAGCCAUUCCCUGAGGCUGUAGGGUCAAAAAAAUCGGUUGUUUUGGUUAUUGAUUCAAACAACGUAACUAUACAAAAGCGAAUGCCAUUUUUUUACUCUUUUUAAGUGGACAAAUACACUUAUGAAACUAUGAUGUAAUUUAAACUUUUUUGUUUUACAUUUUUCUUUUAAUGUAUUUGUUAAGUUAAAUUAUUGUGUCAUUUUUUUAGAAACAUUUUUUUUUUACCUAAUCAAUAAUGAUAUGUUCAUUCUUAUUUAAAGCUCGAACGACAUCAUUCAGAUAGUAUUACUACAGAGAAAUCGGAAUCUUUAAGUACCCAUACUAAGUAGGUUUUUUAAAGUCCCUUAGAUGUUAUUUAAAAUUAAAAAUUAUCAUUUGUUUAAUUAAUAUAUGUUUAUAAUAUAUGUAUAUAAUAAUAAUUAUAAUAAUAAAGUUUAUUUGAAAAACACGCUUCAUCCCUUAAAGCUCGAAGCGCGGUACAAAGUCAAUCAUGUUAAAAAGAGAAAUAUUUUUUUUUUUUUUUAAAUUUACCACUAUUAAAAAACAGACACAAAAAUAUAAAACUACAUACGAGCAUACCAAGUCAAAGUCUUUCAACCCAUUUCAACCAUAAGCAACACAAGCCAAUAUACAUUAACUAAAAAAGAUGGUAGAUAGCAUCACCCCAGAAGGUGUUUGCGAAAGAGAUGUGUUUUUAAAUUUGUUUUAAAGGACUCCAGUGUCUGACUGUUUUUUAGAAGAACUGGAAAGGCGAUCCAAAUUGUUGGAAUAAGCAGGUGUGGAAUAUAUAAAUAUAUAUAAAUAUAAUAUAUAUAAUAGUCAAUCUACACAUAUGGCACCCUUCCGUCUUCUCGAGACGAUGGAGUAGCUAUAAUAUGCACUUUAAAAAAUGUCUCACAAAGCCGUCCCUGUAAUGGUGUAAUGGCAACAUUGGCUGCAUCUUUCAAAGAAAAAUCUUGAUGCCCAGUAAGAUUCGGCUUUCUGUAUUUAAAAAAAAUAUAUUUAUUAGUCAUUGUUUGUUUUGCAUGAGUUGCGUUACACGCAUCUUUUGACUUUUUGACUCCUUCAUAUACUGCUGUUGGCCAGCUAUAACAUUGCUCAUCGAUGAUCUCCCAUUCGUUUAUACUUUUGUUAGCUUUGCAACGUCAUUAAAUCGUAGCUGUUGCCUCCCAUAUCUCUUGCCCCUUCUGCCAACACUCCAUAAAACAGAUUCCUUGGAAUACGGCCUUCCUACAUUCUCCUUACAUGGCCUAACUAGCGAAAGCACCUCUUGCUAAGUGCAGAGAAUAUACUACACGUAUUUGCAUAUUCCAAGACCUAGCUGUUGGGCACUGUAACCUGCCAUCGAAAGCGCAAAAUGGGAUGAAGACAUCUUUCUUUGAUGAUCCAAACAUCUCUGCGGUAUAUAAAGAAGCGUACUAAGCACAGAUACCUGAUAGCUACUUAGCUUUUGGACUAUCAGAGGAAAUUAUUCCACACCCGCUUCUUAAAAAAUAUAUUAAAAAUGUAUAUAAUUAAUUUUUAGUUAUAGAUCUUUGUAUUUCAAUUCUACACAUACAUAUUUUAAAUAUAUAGUACCUCUCAAAACUGAAUACUCAUUUACAAUUAUUACAUAAAUCAAGGAGUGUAAUAUAAAUGUUUAUAUAUAUUUAAUGUUAAACCUAAAAGAAGAAAACGAUAUUCUAUUUUAUAGUUAUUUGGUAAAGAUAAACAAGAGGAGAUUUUAGAAUCAGUUAAGAAUCGUUAAUUUACGCAAAUUAUUUUAGUAUUUUUUAUUGAAAAAUAAAUAAUUAAAACAUCUAUUUAACUUUUAAAAUGAACUCGUUAAAACAUUAAUAGAUGAAAUUAAUGUAUGCCAAAUAAUUUUUUUUUUUUCAGUGACUACUUCUGGAAAAACUAAAUCUCUGAAGGAUAACACUUGUGUCAAUAGUCCAGGUCAUGCAAACUAUUACCCGGUAAAUGAAUUCCAGGAAGAUCAUAUUGACGCAAAAUACAAAAGCAACAAAUUAUAUCUGCUAAUUUUAGAUAUCGCCAAACUUACUGUAGCGUUCUAGUCCCAUACAAAAGUCAAGACAGACCAAAAAUUGACAUAGAAAGUGAUGAGAUGUCUCCCAAUCAUUAUAUAUGAGAAAAAGGGCUUUAGGCUAAAAACUGGAAUGAUUAUAAGUAUUGCUAAGACUUCAGAAAGUAAUAGCUCUCUUUGUCAAUGUCAACAAUGUAAAAAAUCUGGUGUACAUAGUUCAACUUCGGGUAAAAUAUUUGUACUCACUUCCAGCACUGUUGUUUAUGAUGAUAACGAAGCAGAGAAAUCAUGUUUUAAUUUGUUUUACGACUCGCAUUCCAAUGAAGCCUACAAUUUAUAUGGCAGUCGUGUCAGUGAACGCAAUGUUAAUGAAGGUUGGUGUAUUGUUGAGUGUGCCACAUGUGAUUCGAUUUUGCUAGACAAGCUAGAUACUACCAUAAAACAUUGCAGUAUUGCUAUGGCUGACUUCAACAAAGUUAUACCUAGGGAACAAACUAUGUUCGUUUGUAUAGUAUCUCAUCCUCAUGAUUUCCCUAAACAAAUAACAAUGGGAGCCACCAAAAUCAGGGAAUGUUUUGGCAGCAAAGUAUACACGGAUUUUACUAGAUACACUUACACAAAUACUACAUGCCAUGGCAGUGCCGGGGCGUUUGUCUAUAUACAUGGAGUUAGUGAUAUAUCAGCAAAACAGUUUCACGUUCAUUUGGGUGUUACCAGAGCACGUCAUAAUUACUGUAACAUUGGAAAGGAAAACAAAAUUCAAUAAAUACGAUUAGGAGAUAUCAUGUUGAAGAAGAUCAUACAAAAUAAACACUUAAUUAAUUACUAAUUAAUAAAAUGAUAAUUUAUUAAUACUUAUUUAUAAAGGUACUGAUUUACUUAUGGUAUUUUCUUUUUGUUGGGUUUUUCUACGACAUUAAUGUGCUAUUUACUAGCUAAAAUAUUGAGCUACAAAGCUCGGCCAAAUGAUAGGAUCUUGUUUUCCCAAGUUUUGGCGGGGGUGUGACCGUGAUCCGCUUUACAAAAUCCACCCCUAUUUUUAUAAUUUGAAAGGUCUAAAGAAAGCUACUCUUUGGCUGUUCCUUGGCUAGACAAUUUGUUAUUCACUAGUGUUAACCAUCUAUGUCUGAUUAACGCUUAUUGGAACUUCACUAUAGAAGUAGAGGAGGGUACGCUACUAGGUAUUCACUUUGGUCUCGGACCACUGAAGCCAUCCGUUUGAAUGAUUCUCAGUGACGCUGCUCAAAUGGAGGAGCAAAAUAAUAAUGCACUUGCUUUCAUGCAUGUUAAUUCCGUUUCUAUCAAACGCAUUAUAUGU